CCCAGACCCCUGACGUCGUGAUUUUGUCAUGGUCCUCUCCGCGCCGAAGCAAUUUCCUCGAGCGUCCCUUCCUUACCCAAUCCCAUACAUGUAACACUUUCAACUGCUGGCUCCCCCAACGCUGACGUGGGCGAUGCUCCUUGCACUGCUGCUCGCGGCGGCGGCCGCCCCCGCCCCUGGCGCCGCGCUCAGCGAGGGGAGCCUCGGCCAGCGCGCGCGGCUGCGCCCCGGCGGCAAUGCCAGCAGGCCGCGCGUGCUCUUCUUUGUCACGACGUACGCGUCCGACGAGCACAUGUCGUACAUGAGGUGCCAGGCGGACCUCUACCGGCGCGCGCCGGGGCUGCGGGAGGCGGACGUGCUCCUGCACGUCGGCGAGGACGAGGCGUCCGCGGCGAAGCGCACCCUGCAGUGUGCCACGGACGCCUGCGUGCACUCCAGCCGCGCGGCGUGGCAGGAGCUGCUGAGCGCGUGGCCCAUGCCCGCCAAGACGGUGAAGUUCUCCCGCAAUCCAGGCAAGCAGGGUGGUGCGAAGAAGGCGAUGCACGACGCUUUGACCUCUGGCUGGUUUCGGGGGUAUGAUUGGGUGAUACGCGCGAACCCUGACGUGAUCUUCUAUGAUGAUAGUCAGUUAUUCUCUCUCAUGGAGAGCUCGAAGAAUUGGGCGGUGGUCAUGAAGUGCGGCGGCACUCAGACCAACACGGAUUUUUUCGCGGUUCGGCCAGAUCGCGUGUCAGUAGACGCUUUCUCGGAGUGGAACUCAACACCCCCCGACGCCGAGGGGCUGACGAACCAGGCGUUCCAGCAGAUUUAUAAAGAGGACGCUUACGCUUUCCUCAAGCCUGGGGGCCACCAACUUGGAUGCCACCUAAUGGACGGAGGCGUGUAUCACGCCGCCAGGCUCCCGACGUGCGAAUUGGUGCUGGAUCAACAAGGUUGGCAGCAGUCUUUCAAGGGUGGCAUCAAGGAGUACGACCACAGACCCAUGGGAAAUCCUUGGCAAGAGGCUUGGCGGCUUGGGUCUUAGGAUAGCGGAUAAUUACGUUUGUUGUUCAUCUCUUCCUGAAUCGAUGGCAGGAAACAGCGCUUAUUCUGUGCCAGGAGCCGGCCAGACGCGCCCACAAGAGUACCCAGUCCUUGGCAAGAGUCUUGGCGGCUUGGGUCUUAGGAUAGCGGAUAAUUACGUUUGUUGUUCAUCUCUUCCUGAAUCGAUGGCAGGAAGCAGCGCUUAUUCUGUACCAGGAGCCGGCCAGACGCACCCACAAGAGUACCCGGUACCCGAGUCCUCUUGUGGCCUGUUGUGCUUUCUUGGCGGCACACUGGGCCGUCUGGAGACCAUGGCCGCCUUGGGACAAUGUGGUUGUUACUUAUCCUAGGUCACUCCGUCUCCAUCGCCCUCUUUCUUUUUGUUUGAUGUCUCUUUCUUUACCUCUCUCUCUCUCUCCCCCCCGUUCGCUCUGUCUGC